AAGAGAGGGAUUGGAUGGUCUAUUCUGUAUAUUAAGCAGGAGAAAAGUCUGGCCAAUAAGGCAGAGUCUGUAAUGCCUCAAAGAGAGUGACACAUAAUAUGCAUGAAUAAAAGAGUCAGAUCAUCCUUCCCUAAAAACACAGGACUGAGUGAAACACUGCAGACAACAUUGGAAUAACUGCUUAGACGUUUCAAGAAAAAAUUCGCAGAACUUUGUUCCUCCAAGAGCAAAGAUUUCAUAUGCAACAGCACUAAACCCUUUGCUGUAGCUACAGCUUACUAGCUGCAGCCACGGGAGAGUAAAGGGAUCAGUGACCCGAGUCAAUAUCAUCCCUAAAGAUGUCAAUGAAUAAUUCGCCAAAUGUAUUCUUGGAUCCAAAUGCAAAUCGCUUUCAAGUUAACAUAAUUAAUGAAAGCCAUGACAACAAUGAAACACCCCAAGAGGAUGUGGUCUCUGACCCACCGCAUUAUGAAGAAACAUCUUUUACUGACGAAGCACAUAACAGACUGAGAAUCAGCUACAGACCGGGAAAAAGAGAAUUGUAUGACAAUUUCCUACAAAAUGGGGAGAAAACAGAAGCUAGUUUACAUCCCUAUGAUACUCACCCUAAAAUGUAUUAUCUACAAACUUUUGGCCAUAACACGAUGGAUCCAGUUCCCAAAAUUGAUUAUUAUAGAAACACUGGCAGCGUCAGCGGGAAUAAGCUCAACCGACCAAGCUUAUUAGAAAUUCAUGAACAACUGGCAAAGAACAUAGCCGUGAGCACUGGCUCAGUCGAGAGAGUGGCUAAUGGAGAAAGCGCCACUGGAGACGAGACAGCAGUUGGCAAGGAAGAAGAAAACAAAACAGGAUUUGUCAAGUUCGGAUGGGUGAAGGGGGUCCUGGUAAGAUGUAUGCUUAAUAUUUGGGGUGUGAUGCUUUUUAUUCGCCUUUCCUGGAUUGUGGGUCAAGCAGGAAUUGGUCUUGGAGUAAUCAUAAUUCUUCUCGCCACGAUGGUAACCUCAAUUACUGGGUUGUCAACUUCUGCAAUAGCAACUAAUGGGUUUGUCCGUGGAGGUGGAGCAUACUAUCUUAUCUCAAGAAGUCUAGGCCCAGAGUUUGGUGGAUCUAUAGGACUUAUCUUUGCUUUUGCGAACGCAGUAGCAGUUGCUAUGUACGUAGUUGGAUUUGCUGAAACAGUUGUAGAACUUCUUAAGGAGAGUGAUACGCUGAUGGUAGAUGAGUCCAAUGACAUCAGAAUAAUAGGUACCAUAACUGUCGUGUGUCUUCUCGGCAUCUCUGUUGCUGGCAUGGAAUGGGAAGCAAAGGCUCAAGUUAUUCUUCUAAUUGUUCUCCUUAUUGCCAUUGUGAACUUCUUUAUUGGGACAGUCAUUCCUACCAACAAUGAAAAGAAGGCAAGAGGCUUUUUUAAUUACCAAGCAUCAAUAUUUGCAGAAAACUUUGGACCAGAUUUCAGGAGUGGAGAAGGAUUUUUCUCGGUGUUUGCCAUUUUUUUCCCAGCUGCCACUGGCAUUCUUGCAGGAGCCAAUAUCUCAGGAGAUCUGGAAGAUCCCCAAAGUGCGAUACCCAAAGGAACAAUGUUGGCCAUUCUGAUUACAACAAUUGCUUACAUCGGCGUUGCAAUAUGCGCAGCCUCCUGUGUUGUACGAGAUGCUACUGGGAACAUCAAUGAUACAGUUGUACCUGGAAUGAGCUGCAAUGGAUCAUCUGCUUGUGGCCUAGGCUAUGAUUUUUCCAGAUGUGCAAGUCAGCCAUGUGAUUAUGGGCUGAUGAAUAAUUUCCAGGUGAUGAGCAUGGUGUCUGGCUUCGGUCCUCUCAUCACAGCUGGCAUCUUUUCUGCUACUUUGUCAUCAGCUCUAGCAUCCCUUGUCAGCGCACCCAAAGUUUUCCAGGCUCUUUGCAAGGACAAUGUCUACAAAGGGCUCCACUUUUUUGCCAAAGGAUACGGAAAAAACAAUGAGCCCAUCAGAGGAUAUGUUCUCACUUUUUUGAUUGCGAUGGCAUUCAUUUUGAUUGCUGAACUGAAUACCAUCGCUCCCAUCAUCUCCAAUUUCUUCCUGGCUUCAUACGCUUUGAUUAAUUUCUCCUGCUUUCACGCCUCAUACGCAAAAUCUCCAGGUUGGAGACCUGCAUUCAGAUAUUAUAAUAUGUGGGUGUCACUGUUUGGAGCCUUUUUGUGCUGCGGUGUCAUGUUUGUCAUCAACUGGUGGGCAGCGCUCAUCACUUAUGCCAUUGAGUUCUUUCUAUAUAUUUAUGUAACAUACAAGAAGCCAGAAGUAAAUUGGGGCUCUUCUACACAGGCUCUUUACUAUAUUAAUGCCUUAGACAGUGCUCUGGCAUUAACUACAGUGGAAGACCAUGUGAAAAACUUCAGACCCCAGUGCAUAGCAUUAACAGGAGCUCCUAUGAUCAGGCCUGCUCUGCUAGACAUCACACAUACUUUCACAAAGAACAACGGGCUGUGCAUCUGUUGUGAAGUGUACACGGGACCACGCAAGCUGUGUGUUAAGGAGAUGAACAGUGGAAUGGCAAAAAAGCAGGCCUGGCUCACAAAGAACAAAAGAAAAGCCUUUUAUGCAGCAGUGGCAGCUGACAGCUUCAGAGAUGGAGUCAAAAGUCUACUUCAAGCCUCGGGCUUGGGUAGAAUGAAACCAAACACCUUGGUGAUUGGAUUUAAGAAGGACUGGAGAAGUGCCACCGCCACACAGGUUGAAAACUACGUGGGCGUUAUCCAUGAUGCUUUUGAUUUUGAGCUCGGCAUGAUUAUUGUUAGAAUUAGCCAAGGAUUUGAUAUAUCUCAGGUCCUCCAGGUUCAAGAGGAAUUAGAGAAGCUGGAGCAGGAAAGAUUGGCACUGGAAGCUACUAUUAAAGAAAAUGAUUUCGAAGAAAGAAAAAGUGGCAUCUGUGGAUUAUUCAAAAAAGCCACCAUGCUCAAUAUCUCAAAAAGUGAAACAAAAAAGGAGCACACCAUUAACACAAUGCAGUCAAUGCAUGUGGGUGAAUUCAAUCAGAAGCUGUUAGAAGCCAGCACUCAAUUUAAAAAGAAGCAAGGAAAAGGUACAAUUGACAUUUGGUGGCUGUUCGAUGACGGAGGUCUAACAAUCCUCAUUCCUUACAUUCUAACUAUAAGGAAGAAGUGGAAAAAUUGCAAAUUAAGGAUCUUCACUGGAGGAAAAGUCAACAGGAUUGAAGAAGAAAAACUAGUGAUGGCUUCACUUCUGAGCAAAUUCAGAAUAAAAUUUGCUGAUAUUAAUAUCAUUUGUGAUAUCAAUAUAAAGCCCAACAAAGAGAGCUGGAAAUUCUUUGAAGAGAUGAUUGAACCAUAUCGCCUCCAUGAAAGCUGCAAAGAUAUAACAACUGCUGAGAAAUUAAAGCGGGAGACUCCAUGGAAAAUUACAGAUGCAGAGCUAGAAGCAUUCAAGGAGAAGAGUUACCGCCAAGUCCGUCUGAAUGAACUCUUACAAGAGCAUUCGAGGGCAGCUAACCUCAUCGUCCUGAGCCUCCCCGUGGCAAGGAAAGGAGUAGUGUCCGAUUACCUGUAUAUGGCUUGGCUAGAAAUUCUCUCCAAGAAUCUUCCUCCAGUCUUAAUGGUCAGGGGCAACCACAAAAAUGUACUUACUUUCUAUUCUUAGAAAAAGAUCAGUGCCUAGAAUAUCCCUUCCUUGAUUUCAACAAGUACAUAUUUCAAUGGCAGUGAUUUAUGACAGACAAAUUUAUCUAUCACAGACCUAAAAUUUAACUAAUUGACAGAAAAAUUGACAAAAAUCCAAAGCAACACAGUGAGGAAUUAGCCAAUAAAAAUGUGAAUGGUCCUUGCUGAUGUUACACUUCAGUACAGGCAAAAGGAAGAAAAUGUACCUAUAUAUAUAUAUGUAUGUAUCUAUCUCACAUGAGAUGGCAAAUAUUUUGAACGCACAAAGAAGAAACUCCACUGAUUUUAUAAGGUUUCUAAAAUGCUUUAAACAUUUAUCUUAGAAAGCCAAAAUUAACAUCUACAAUACAAAAAAGCAUUAAAUCUAGAAGUAAAUACUUAUCUCAAAUUCUCUCAAAUUCAGCUGUUGUAGUUGCUAAUAGACACAGAGAAGGAUUAAAAUCAAAUGCGACAACUUGGGAGAGAGUUAAAAACCUGCACCCAUCAGGUUAAAGCCAUAAACUGAUACAGUGCAAGCAGAAUACCUGUGAUGCUGUUUAAUUGUAAUAUUGCCUAAAUAUAUGCCUACAGCAGGUGCUUUUACUUAAAUUGUUCUGCUAAUUUAUAUUAAUUCAAAUGCUAAUUAAUUGAAAAACAAAAAAGUUAUAUAUAUAAAAGAUAGACUUGAUAUAUAUAUAUGUACUUGAUAUAUAUGACAAGACUUGAUAAUGAAUUUUCAAGUUCUGAACACAGAAUGGAAUGUAGGAUUGCAAUAAUUAAAUGUGGCAAGUAAAUUUGACAAAUAAAUUAGUAAAAUACUAAACAUUCUGACAAUUUUUACUAUAUUAUGGGUUAAUAGAAUCUGACGUUAUACUUUGGGAUAAGAUGUACAGUGAUUUAUGUGAUUAGAAAACAAAAUAAACUCAAUUAGUUGAUUUGAACACCUUAUUUUUUACUUACAUGAAAUAUUUAUCUUAUUUUUAGACUUUCUAAGUAAUAUUCAUUAUAAACUAACUUGAAAUAAAGGAAAUCCAUUCAGUUGGGUAAUUUCUCUACUUUCUAUUCUGCAACAUUAUAGUACUUUAUCAUUUCAGCUGUCUAUAAAAGCAGCCUCUCUUUUUAAUGAGGGAAGCUAUAUCCUACACGUAAGCAUUUUUAAAAUUAAAGACCAUUAAGAAGUACAGCUAAUUUAAUUACUGUAGCUCUGCAACUCCUUCACAGAGAGCAACUGAAAUCUAAGACCCAGAAAAACCAGGGACCCUGAAUUUCACUCGAUGCUUCUUUUAAAGCAGACCUCCAAUACCAUCUUUGCUUGACUCAUCAGACUUUAACUUGUGGAGAAUCUACCACUCUAUCUCAAAAAUGAUGAAUAUUUGAUAUUCAUAUUUUUUCCAAGUUCAACAGCAGCAAUUCAGCAGAACAUGGUAAUGUAGCCCAAUAAUCCAUGUUUUAUUUCCUCCAUCUAUUAAAGGCAGGACAUGAAAUACUGA